GGGGUUCUUCCAUCCUCGCAACCCCACCUGCUAAGCUCCGGCCGCAUCUGCAUUGGGAGAGGCGGAUUCCUUCGACCAGCAGCCACCCAAUCGGACGCCCGGAUCGACCCCGCUGCUGUCCGCCUCCCCCUCCCCAACCGAGGCUUUUUUCUCGCUGAAUGUGCAGUGGGACCCUCUUCCAAGAUCACAGGUAGAGAGCAUGAAAGAGGAACUGCCCACCAACACCACCAAGAUCCAGCCAGGCUGGUUUGUGCCAACUAAUGGCAGCACCAGCAAGUCCUUCUACUUCUCAGAGACGCCUGCUGCUCUUCCCUUAAAUCCUUGGGAUGUCGUCCUGUGCGUUUCUGGGACGAUCAUCUCCUGUGAGAACGCCAUUGUGGUGGCCAUCAUCUUUUACACUCCAGCUUUUCGGACUCCGAUGUUCCUGCUGAUUGGAAGCUUAGCCACGGCUGAUCUCCUGGCUGGCUUGGGCCUGAUCUUUCACUUUGCCUUUGUUUAUUGCGUCCAGUCCGAGAUGGUUAACCUCCUCACCAUGGGCCUUCUGGUGACCUCCUUCACCGCCAGCGUGGGCAGCCUCCUGGCCAUCACCAUAGACCGCUACUUGUCUCUCUACAACGCGUUGACCUACUACUCAGAGAGGACAGUCACCCGGACCUUCGUCAUCCUCAUCCUCACGUGGGGGGUCUCCAUCAGCGUUGGGCUGUUGCCCGUCAUGGGCUGGAACUGCUUGAAGGACAACACCGCCUGCAGCAUCAUCAAGCCGUUGAACAAGGACCACCUCGUCAUCCUGUCCAUUUCCUUCUUCAUGGUCUUUGCGGUCAUGUUGCAGCUCUACGUGCAGAUCUGCAAGAUUGUGUGUCGGCAUGCCCAGCAGAUCGCCCUGCAGAGACACUUCUUGGCGACGUCGCACUACGUCACUACCCGGAAAGGCAUCUCCACAUUGACUCUCAUCCUGGGGACCUUUGCUUCAUGCUGGUUACCCUUUGCUGUUUACUGUCUCCUGGGAGAUUACACCUACCCUGCCCUCUACACCUAUAUGACUGUGCUCCCGGCCACCUACAACUCCAUGAUCAACCCGGUGAUUUAUGCCUUCCGGAACCAGGAAAUCCAGAAAGUCUUAUGGGCAAUAUGCUGCAGCUGUAUCUCCUCCUCUAUGCCUUUCCAGUCCAGAUCGCCCAGUGACGUCUGAGUCCUCUUUCUCUCUCUCUCUCUGCUCCAGCAGCCUUCUCCCCAAUCUCUUGCCACUCCAAUGUGCAAAGCCUUUCUUUCUAAUGUCCUUCCCCUUCCCCUUUGCCAAUGUAAGUGACCUGGAUGUCCUAUAUUUUUAU